AUGGAGCACGUCUCUACGCUUUGUGCCGUAAGUACUGUUGGUAUUGCUGCAACUGGUUUUGCUCUAGCACGGAGAGAGAACCGCACCGGAUUGCAGUCAUUAUCCAGCUCGAGACACUCCACUAUUCCACGCAAUCUGCCAACGGACACGAACCCAUUCCACUCCCAGGGCGCAAUUGAACGACCGUCACAGGAGCGAACGGGAUUUCAGCCGGUAUCCACGGGUUCUGGGCAAAGCUUGGUGCUGUCACAACGGAGGAGAGAACGGCGGCGACGACAAACCGUAACGAAUCCUCUUACUAAGUCAGUCGAUGAGACCUCCACGCAGGACCACGGUGCAGGUAGCAGCCGGCCAUCAUCCUCGUGGCUGAGACGAAUAUCCAUCAUAUCUUCAGCCACUGCUAGUUCGGUGUCGAGUCCAACCACGACGACCUCGUUUGCGAAUGAUUCACCUACCCAGGCACAUACUCGACGUAAUUCGACUGUCAAGACACCAAACAAGCUUAUAAAACGCUCGGUGUCACAACGUUCUAUCACGCAGUCAGGAAACGGCAUCGGCCGGACCAGAUCAACUACCCUUGGGUUGCGCCGUCCGGCGACAAGCCAUCAGCGCUCUAGCGAUAUAGCUCACAGGUCAAGCGCCAGCCAGGGUCCGGACUUGUCAAUUCCAGCCGCAUUUCUAGAGAGUUCUUUGGCCAGGGAAAACGAUUGCGCGGAUCUGGACAGUCAAUAUUGGAGACCUUAUUUUGGUUCUACAGUUGCCAGAAGACGAAAAUCCUCAACCGGCAAUGCUAUAGUCACGAUCAAACCCCACCGGUCCCCUAAUCCGCGAUAUCCCAUCAGUUAUCCAACUUUGAUACUCUCGUCCUCUGUUCAGACAUCCAGUGCAAGCAUUAUGCCAGUAAAGCAAAGCUCCUCGCAAUCACCAUCCACAGCCACUGUUCCAUUUAUUGACCCUUUUUCACGACAUAAUAACGCCACGGAUACCAAACAUACGAGACCCAUCCCUCAUGAGAAACGCAGGACGGUGCGAUCUUCAUCCAUUUCAGAUUUAUCUGUGACGAACCGCAAACCCCGAAACAGCCCAAUGAAAGGUGAUGUUAAUAAAAGUCCUCUGACUGCGGUACGACUUCAUGGCAAAGAUAGGAUUGUGUCAAAUCCGUUACCACGAGAGUCAGGAAAAAGCGGAAGCCCUCGACUGCGACGGAAGAGAAAUUUCACCAUGUCCGACACGUUAAGUCGACCUCAGACCGCUCCCAAUGCCAACUACUUUUACGACAAACCUCCGUAUUCCGACGAGCCAUUUCCCCAGGACCUUGCAUCUUCCGUCGACCCGCUCAAUUCAACAGAAUCUUCGUUGGCUUAUAGGAAUGGGAGACAUGAUAACAGAUCUUCUCCAAUCAAUUAUCCUCCACCAGGCACUUCACCCCCGAUUGUUCGCUAUUCCCGGAACAAACGUCUUUCUGGAGCGACUUCUGACUGGGCAUCCACUGUUAUAGGUUCCGAUGAUACGCGGGUCUUCACUUCAGCUGACGAGGAUGAUCAGAGCGAUUCAGUUUUUGACUCAUUCCGCACAAGGAUAUCAUCUAACGGCCACACGGGCCGCCGUGGCCCAAGAAUUGAGACGAUAUUCUACGACGUUUCUUCAACCGACUUGAAGGAUAAAGACUCUGUUUCCAUUGAGGAACUUGGACUUGAGAACUUGCGCCUGUCGCAGUCCACCCCGAGGUCUUCUUUGAGCGACAUAGACUCUAAUACUACCCCACUGGCGCUAUCGACUGCGAAGAAUACAGAUACAACACCGACAGCACCUGCGAGAUAUUCACACAAAGGCGCCCUCCAUUCUUCCCCUUCAAAGAAGCCACAGGCACCCCAUUCUCAAGAAGUAGUUUCCGGCUCUGAUGAAGAUGCAGUGCUGGAUGAUGGUGAUGAUGAUUUUGAUACAUCAUUUGGAGAAAACAUCAAUUUCUUUCAACCAUAUGGCGAUCCUGAUGAUGUCUCUCCUUCAUUGACACGGAAAAGCUCCGCAAUUGGCACCAGGGCAAGCGUGUUUGAUUGGUCUGAACAGACGUGGAGUGAUCGUGAUCCCCAAGCUCACGAGGUCCGCCCAAGUACCGUGCAUGGGAAGCAAGGUCCUAAUGCCAGAAGCACCCGUAGAGCGAAUCGGAAAGCUCCAAGCACCAUGCAUCUCCGAAGCCAGAGCGUACCAGUAUCUCGAGAUGGUCCAGUACCCAGCGAGAGUCGGCAGCCGUCUGCCAAGUUCGGUACAUGGGGCUUAGGCCAGAAAGGAGUGAGUGAGGACUGGGAUGGUGACUUUGACUUUGGUGAUGAAGAUGAGGGUGACAAUAUGGAACUCGGUGAUGGCACAACUUCGGCGGGGCGGUUGCAUACUAUGAAGGUACCACAGGCUAUCAUGGAAAGCCAAGCUAGUGUUCAUGGACAGUACGGACAGGUUCAGGAAUUGACCCUCCUAGUCGAAGAGUUGAAGCGUCUGCGGAUUCAGGGCAAUGCGUUACAAGUCAUCAAUGGACCUGCCAACGAUCUCUGGAAGGAAGCAGAUGGUAUCGUCAACCUUGCAACAUUUGAGGAUGAGGAAUCCAAUUGGCAGGUCCCUGAUUCACCAUCAUCUUGUGGGAGCUUUGAUGAUUUCGAAAUCUCACCAUCUCCGCCCCAGAAGGCAUGGAGAAAUAAUGAUAAUGACAUGAAACGACCACCCCUUACUCUAUGGAGCGAUAUGGACCACAACUCAAAAGUUUCAGAUAGGCAAGAGCCUGCAACAAAGGUCAAGUCUGUACUGGAAACCAUCUAUCAGCAACGGGAAUCUUUGGACGCUCGUUCGAUUGAAAUUGCUAAUCAACCGCCACAAAAGCUUCCAUUUGACACACAGUCUCUCAAGGAACUAGUUGCUCGCGCCGGCGUUGUGACUCGUGCGUUGAAAGAUGUUAUACGUAAAGCAGAGGGUGUUACCACCAGCAACGAUUCUGGUCCAUCAUCAGAUCCCCCGUUCAGUCAAAUAUUCGCUCAAAGAACAUGAUUAUUGAACAUGUUGACUUAUACGAGACACCGUCAGAAGCUAACGCCGAAUGCUUCUUUAGCUCACUUCCUUGGCGUAUACUCUUAUAGCCAUUCAACGGAGAUAUGACAACCAGUCUCUGUACAUUCUUUCGAUUCGUUGUAUAUUUUCUUACCAAUAUUAGCCAUUGCAUGCAGUCAUCUGGGAGGAGAUUGGAGUCCAACAUUGAUGUUCUUUGUUGGCUCUCCUGGUGUAGUAGCUCUUGGCCUUUUCAUGUAUUCUUCUCUUCUCGCUUUUCAUUACUGGUAUCCUCUAUAUUCUUCCUUCUAUUCUUUUGUCGCGGGGCUCAGGCUUCAUCUUCAAGACGACCAGUUUGAUUUCAUCUUGAAGAAUUACGAAUUACGUUACGACCAAAAAGAAACCUGGGACUGGAUUAUCCCGUUGUUGCUUGUUUUCUUUUCCUUUUUUUCAUGAGCAUUACUCUUCAUACAAAAGUCCACUGAGCGAAUGUCAGAGUAAGGACACGAUGAGACAAAAGUGAUGAUUAUAUUCCUUUCUUCUUUUUUGCGGGUUUCCCUCCUGUCGAUAUUCCAAUCCAUCAUUAUCCAACGAUGAUGAACAUGCAUUCUUUCAUGUUAAAAUAGCGUCGUGACUUUUGGCAUGCUUAUUCAAGUCUGCCUCUUUUGUCGAUACUAUGUAUUUAUGGGCCUAUGAAUGAUACAGGAUAAUAU